ACCUACAUUUUCUCCAAAAGGUGAUUGGGUGCUACAUUCAAGUGAUCCUCAAUUCAAAGAAGUCUGCUGACCGACUAUACAACAUGAAUCACUAUGUAAUGGGACUAAUUUUACAUGGCACAAGAGAGCAGAUGGCCAGGCAAGGGUUGACAAAUGUCACAUUUGAUGAUUAUGAUGGAGCCAUUGGAUUUGUUAAUAUACGAAAUAUGCACUGGAAGUUUGUGUAUCUUCAUGCCCUCUCAAGCCACAUUUUUGUGGUCGAUCCUCUGCAAGGGACAAAUGAAGUUGAGGACUCCAGAAAGGCUGGCCACAGAUUUGGACAGUACUUCAAGAUGCGCCGGAACAGACUUGGAAAGGAGGACUGGGUUAACAUAAAGUGGAAGCCUGGGAAGAUAACCCACACCUUUCAGGAAGAUGUAACCAGUUGUGGGGUCUUUGUCAUGCAGAUGGCCAAGAUGACAGUGAUGGAGUUUCCAAAGAUGCCACAGUCGUUUCAGAUUGACUCAUCCAAAGAGUCUCUUAAAAAUCAAAGAAGACUCAUGGCAGAAGAAAUUCUCAUGGCAUCAGUUUCAAAGGAUGAGUUCUGCUCCUUCUGUGGAAAUAAGAACCUGCCUGCUGGAGAUGAUGUUUGGAUUCAGUGUGGAAAUUGCACAAGAUGGUUUCACACGCAGUGCCUAGGAAUGACUGCAGCACAAAUACCAAACAAAAAUACCCCUUGGGAUUGUGUGUUGUGUAUCAGCCCUAGCUAAAGAGGCUGUAGCAUCUUCAUGCCCUCUCAAGCCACAUUUUUGUGGUUGAUCCUCUGCAAGGGACAAAUGAAGUUGAGGACUCCAGAAAGGCUGGCCACAGAUUUGAGUAAUAUCAAAUAGAUUAAUGGAAAUAGAUACGUAACACACAUAUUUGCUACAUACACUAGACGUGAAGGUUAACCAAAAUACAUUUUCCUUUAAUCCUGUAGACAGUACUUCAAGA